AGCCUGUUUUGACGCAAGUCAUCAAGUUGUAGAGCAAUUGGUUCUCGGCUUUGGGAUUUGCGAGAUGGAGGCUGGAGGGGCAUCAUCGCGUGAGCUUGUCUCUGAGGAUGCGGAGGUUCGAGCGAGCCCACAGAUGUACUCAGCCGUGGGCAUGGCCAUGGUUGGCGCCGCCAUGUUCGGCUUUGAUCAAGGGAACUUCGGCGAUGUCCAGGCGUUCAAGUCUUUCAGAGAUGAAUGGUGCAUUGGCAGGUUUGGAGAUGCUGAAAGCUGUGGCGAUCAAGGAUAUCUCACGAAUGGCAAUUGGAACGAGAACUUUAUCACUUGGGGUGCCACGCUGAUCACCUUUGGGGCUGCAGCUGGUGCCAUUUUGGCAGGGCCGCCUUUGGCGAACAAACUAGGCCGUCGCCCAUGCAUCCAAGUUGGUGGAGCUGUGUGCUUCCUUGGAUGCAUCCUGGCAUCUUACGCGUCUUUUCACAGUGUUGUGAUAUUCUUCAUUGGAAGAUUCAUUACAGGAUUUGGCGUCGGUGUGAGUUGCUUCGCCCUGCCGAUGUACAACGCCGAGGUCUCGACGUCUUCUAUCCGAGGUGCAACAGGCUCUUUGUUCCAGCUGAACGUGGUGGUUGGAUGCUUCAUCUCUAUCAUCGUGACCUUCGUGGACCAGGAUUGGUAUGUUUGCAUGAUGCUACCCGGCUUUGCCGGUGCUGUGCUAGCCAUCGGUGGCUUUUUUAUCCCCGAGUCUCCUCGAUUCGUCAUGGAAAAGACGAUUCACAGGGAGGGAACGGAGGCCGCCAUGAAUGCUGGCAUGAGGUAUUUGACACGUCUCAGAUCUGGCGAUGCGCGACCCGAAGCGGGCGAGAUUCUGGAGCAGGUGAAGGAAGAGAGGGACAUCGAACAUGUGAGCUUCACUGGUCUGUUCCGUGAGCGUAACCUGCGGAAGCGCGUCUUGAUUGCUUGUACCUUGGUGAUUUGCCAGCAGACUACUGGCGUGAAUGCUUUUCUGGGCUAUGCCUCUGCAAUCUUCAAAGAGUGUGGCAUUCAGGACCCGAUUGUGUUCAACUCCCUCUUCAAUGGUGUGAUGAUUUUCGGUUGCGUCGCCGGGUUGCUCUUGGUGGACUCCAAGUACGGCGGCCGCCGCAGCCAGCUGCUGAUCGCGACGGUGCUCAUGGGGCCACCUUUGGUCCUCGCUGGCUUAGCCUUGCAGUACGGCUUGCCAGGCAUUAUCACCAUGGUAUGUGUCAUCAUCUAUGGUGUUGGCUUCCAAUUUGCCUGGGGGACGAUCCCAUGGAUCUAUCCAGCAGAGAUCUUUACAAUGGCUGAGAAGGAAGCAGCUGUGUCCUUGGCUGUGGGCGUCAACUAUCUGGCAAACGCUGCGAUCAUUUACAUCACGCCUUUGCUCAUGGAGUGGUCCAAAUCUGGAACGUUACUGUUCUUUGGCAUUCUCAACAUGUUGAAUGCCUUCUUCGUUUUCACCUUCAUCAAGGAUCUCUCAGGUUGGAGGAUGCUGCUAGGUCUCCACCCGAUCCUUCAUCCAUUGACCAUCUGAGCCAGUGGAACGCUCCAAUUGCAGUUGCCGCAGCCAUGAGCAGGGCUUGCCAUUUGUUUGAAAACGUUCAGACAUCAAAAAGCAGCUUCCGAGCUUUGACUGCACCUACUAGUAGAUAUGCCCCAAAUUCCGAGCUUGAACACUUGAGUGACUUGGAUGGAAAAGCUUGAGAAACCUCAAUGACCUCUGGUAGGUUGGAGGCCAUUGCUCCAGCGUCAGGAGACGAAGGGCGUUCACCUGGAGCACAUUCCCGAGCUUUUCCGCUCCGAACGCCAGCGCCGAGCCCUGCUGCGCGCGGAGCAGCGUGCGGCGGAAAGCGCCGCGAGCUCUCCAGCGGCGCAGGCGUGAGGAGGUCAAAGCAACUCCUUUAGAUGCAGACCUUGCCUCCUCAUCCAGAUGACUUAGAAGGCUGGUUUGCAAUGAUGACCUGCGUUUGCUUUGGAGAUUUGGUAUGAAAGUUUUAUGCCGAGUAAGCGCGCCCAACGUAUUGGAUUUGCACAUGGUUGUCGUGCAGCCUUGCACGAAAGCCAGCAGCAAAGUGUGUUCGAUCCCAUGUUGAAAUGGAUCUGAGGCUUGCAGGGAUGACAUUUAGCAUGUCAUUCUUAACAGACUUAUGCUGCUGAUGCACUAGACACCACUGCUGUUGCAUGCUGCUGAUGCCCAAGAUGCGGAGAAACGCACUCCCAUCAUGCCACCUGCCAAAAGGCAUGGUCAAAGUUCAUUACUCGUAUAGCUGUAUUGUGAGAAGUUCUUAUUGCGGAGCUUGAGGGAGCUCUUCUGGCGCAGCCUGCUUUUGAGCAGAAAA